GCUGUAGGCCGGCCGGCGGUGGCGGCGGCCUCGGACUCAGGCUGAGGGCCUGCUGUGGCGGACGCUGAACUCAGCAGCGGGUAUCGGGCACAUUCCUUUCCCUGACGGGAGGGGCGCAGCGCCCCGGGGCCGAGGCUUAUGGGGUUUCUCUGGAAACCCCCCUGGUAAGUGUGGCGGAGGCGGGACACUCUGACCCAAGACAAAAGGCCUGUAGCUCCAGCCAAAGAAAAUAAACCUUAGGAGGGAGAAGGAAAAAAAAAAAAAAAAAAAAGGCCGUCAGCUGUUGCUGAGAACAGCGUGCAGUGGAGUGUGGCGUCUACAGAGAGGCCGGCUGAUGUGAGUGAGGAAGUCGCGUGGGCCCCGAGGCCUGGACUGGGUUAGGAGCCGUUUGCUUUCAGAGGUGAGGUGGCACGAAGGGAAAAGUGAAUGUGGUCUGGAGUGCGGCCUUGGCUCCACGGGCUGUGCUGUCCUCUGCGGCCGUCGGGGGAGCUCAGCCCCGGUGACCUGCCAGGGUGGGGUGCAGUGUUUGGCCCUGAGGCGGGAGCGGCAGAGCAGUGGCCUUGAUUUGUCUUUUGGAAGAUUUAAAAACCAAAAAGCAUAAACAUUCUGGUCCUUCAGCAAUGCUUUCUCUGAAGAAAUACUUAACGGAAGGACUUCUCCAGUUCACCAUUCUGCUGAGUCUGGUUGGGGUGCGGGUGGACGUGGAUACGUACCUGACCUCACAGCUUCCCCCGCUCCGGGAGAUCAUCCUGGGGCCCAGUUCUGCCUAUACUCAGACCCAGUUCCACAGCCUGAGGAAUACCUUGGAUGGCUAUGGGAUCCACCCCAAGAGCGUAGACCUGGACAAUUACUUCACUGCCCGGCGGCUCCUCAGUCAGGUGAGGGCCCUGGACAGGUUCCAGGUGCCAAGCACUGAGGUGAGCGCCUGGCUGGUCCACCGGGACCCAGAGGGGUCUGUCCCUGGCAGCCAGCCCAGCGCGGGCCUCGCCCUCGAGAGUUCCAGUGGCCUCCAGGAUGUGACGGGCCCAGACAACGGGGUGCGAGAGAGCGAGACGGAGCAGGCAUUCAGUGAAGAUUUGGAGGAUCUGGGGGCCGUGGCCCCUCCAGUCAGUGGAGACUUAACCAAAGAGGACAUAGAUCUGAUUGACAUCCUUUGGCGACAGGAUAUUGAUCUGGGGGCUGGGCGUGAGGUUUUUGACUAUAGUCAUCGGCAGAAGGAGCAGGAUGUGGAUAAGGAUCUGCGAGAUGGAGCCGAGCAGGAGGACACCUGGGCAGGCGAGGGUGCGGAAGCUCUGGCACGGAACCUGCUAGUGGAUGGAGAGACUGGGGAGAGCUUCCCUGCACAGGUGCCUGGUGGGGAGGACCAGACGGCCCUGUCCCUGGAAGAGUGCCUUAGGCUGCUGGAGGCCACCUGCCCCUUUGGGGAGAAUGCUGAGUUCCCAGCAGAUGUUUCCAGUCUAACAGAAGCCGUGCCUACUGAAAGUGAGCCCCCAGCUCUUCAGAACAACCUCCUGUCUCCCCUCCUGACGGGCACGGAGUCACCAUUUGAUUUGGAACAACAGUGGCAAGAUCUCAUGUCCAUCAUGGAAAUGCAGGCCAUGGAAGUGAACUCAUCAGCAAGUGAAAUUCUGUACAGUGCCCCUCCUGGAGACCCACUAAGCACCAACUACAGCCUUGCUCCCAACACUCCCAUCAAUCAGAAUGUCAGCCUGCAUCAGGCGUCCCUGGGGGGCUGCAGCCAGGACUUCUCGCUCUUUAGCCCCGAGGUGGAGAGCCUGUCUGUGGCUGGCAGCUCCACGCUGCUCCCGCUGGUCCCCAGCAAUUCCACCAGCCUCAACUCCACCUUCGGCUCCACCAACCUGGCAGGGCUCUUCUUUCCACCCCAGCUCAACGGCACAGCCAAUGACACAGCAGGCCCAGAGCUGCCCGACCCGCUCGGGGGUCUGCUGGAUGAAGCCAUGCUGGAUGAGAUCAGCCUGAUGGACCUGGCCAUCGAGGAAGGCUUCAACCCCGUGCAGGCCUCGCAGCUGGAGGACGAGUUUGAUUCUGACUCAGGCCUCUCCUUGGACUCGAGCCAUAGCCCAUCUUCCCUGAGCAGCUCUGAAGGCAGCUCGUCCUCCUCCUCCUCCUCCUCUUCCUCCUCCUCCUCUUCCUCUUCCUCCUCCUCCACUUCUUCCUCCGCCUCUUCCUCUUUUUCCGAGGAAGGUGCUGUCGGCUACAGCUCUGACUCUGAGACCCUGGAUCUGGAAGAAGCUGAGGGCGCCGUGGGCUACCAGCCUGAGUAUUCCAAGUUCUGCCGCAUGAGCUACCAGGAUCCGUCUCAGCUCUCCUGCCUGCCCUACUUGGAGCAUGUGGGUCACAACCACACGUACAACAUGGCGCCCAGUGCCCUCGACGCUGCUGAUCUGCCGCCACCCAGCGCGCUCAAGAAAGGCAGCAAAGAGAAGCAGGCCGACUUUCUGGACAAGCAGAUGAGCCGGGAUGAGCAUCGGGCCCGAGCCAUGAAGAUCCCCUUCACCAACGACAAGAUCAUCAACCUGCCCGUGGAGGAGUUCAACGAGCUGCUGUCCAAAUACCAGCUGAGCGAGGCCCAGCUGAGCCUCAUCCGAGACAUCCGGCGCCGGGGCAAGAACAAGAUGGCGGCCCAGAACUGCCGCAAGCGCAAGCUGGACACCAUCCUGAACCUGGAGCGCGACGUGGAGGACCUGCAGCGCGACAAGGCGCGCCUGCUGCGGGAGAAGGUGGAGUUCCUGCGCUCCCUGCGGCAGAUGAAGCAGAAAGUCCAGAGCCUGUACCAAGAGGUGUUCGGGCGGCUGCGCGAUGAGAACGGGCGGCCCUACUCGCCCAGCCAGUACGCGCUGCAGUACGCCGGGGACGGCAGCGUCCUCCUCAUUCCCCGCACGAUGGCCGACCAGCAGGCCCGGCGGCAGGAGAGGAAGCCAAAGGACCGCAGGAAGUGAACCUGGGGAGGAAGGGGGUUGACGCUCACCAAGACCGAAACUGGAGAAGGGCUGGGCCUGGACCUGGACCCACCGAGGGGACUUUAAUGCCUUCUUAUCCAAUAUAUCUUCUCAGAUGGGAUGGAUGACUGCGGGUCAGUGUACAGGAAGAGGCAGGCGCGGGCGCUGUCUGGCUCACCUUCCCCCACUGGGGUGGAGUGGGAGUGGCCAGACCAUGUGGGUGGACAGGGUCCUCCGCGCUACCCCUUUCCUGUGGGGGAAGGGCGGUGCUGGUAUUCUGAAGGUAGAGAGCUGUGAACGGAGCGAAGGUGGACGAAGGGGGAGGGAAGGGACUUGCGAGAGGAGGGAGUAGGAGAAAGUCUGCUUCCUGGAAAGGAGGAAACCCGACAACACCAGAGGGAAGACAGUCGGAGGGCAGGUUAGGGUUGGCUCUGGCCAGGAUUCCGGGCAGCAGGUUUGAGGGACGCUAGUGGGCCUAGGUGUCAACUGGUGUGAUAAACCCCAUUUCACCCCACGGGGAUGCACACACGGGCUUGGGGAGGGGCUUUGUUAACUCUUUCUGCUCCUUGUGCUUUGGCAACCCUGAAGGGGAGCGCCUGGGAUAUUGCCUAUAAUGUGUCAAUCGUAUGGGAACCACUGGGACCCCAACUGGCUUGGAGAUUUAGGGUCAAAGGGCAGAGGAAACAGGAAAGGGUCACGAGGCCCUGUUAGCAGCCCCCACACCACGCAUGCCACGCACCACCCUGCCACUGCCAUCUCCCUCUGGGCUCCAGCUGCAGGUGAGGCUCCCGCUGUUUCCAUCAGAGCCUGCAUGUAAAUGCUGUCCUCCUCUAUCCUGUGUGUGUCGGGAGCAGGGGUAGGGUGCUGGGCCUGUAGCCUUCCUGUUGGGGGCUGCGUGGAGGCAGGGGGACGACGUGGAGGAAGAGCCACGCAACAACCUCCAAGCAGUAUUCAGCACAACACUGGGGAGUAGACCUUCCCGCAGGCCUCUGCCUGCCGACAGCGGGGCUUGUCGCUGGGAAGAAGACAAAACAAGAAUCUUUAUGUAAAGCUAGUCCUCUUAGACUCUCUUGCGCUUUGAUUUUUUUUUUUUUUAAGGGCUUGUGCCCUGUUUCACUUAUAGGGUCUAGAAUGCUUUUUUUGUGUUGAGAAAAAAAAGAGAUGCCCGAAUAUUCAAAGCUGCUAAACGUUCUCUUUGCCAUAAUGACUCCGUGUAACUGUGUGACACUUGGGAUUGUUCUCCUCUGUCCCGAGGUCUCCAUCUGCUUUCUGUUUGGGUUUCUUUCUAGAAGAAUGAGGAGUGCAUGUAAUGGGGGCUGAAGAGCACCCUCCCCCGGGCUCUGCCACAGUAACUUCUCCACAGCCCCAGCUUGGCCCAGGCUCCUAGAGGAGGCAGAGGCAGGGGCAGGGAGGGCUCCAGGGGGGCCAGGCGGUCCCAGGACCACACUGUAUUUCUGCCUGCCACUGCUGCCCCACGCUGGCCUGGCUCUGGGGUGCUGUCUGCCCCAGACGCCCAGGAGCGACCUGGGGGGGAAAGCACUGAGCCCCUCCCCCUGCGGGGAGGGCCGUUCCUAACUGAGCAGUAGGGAUAGAAGGCGUGAGCCUGGGAGUGCUUUUAUAAAUUAUUUUCUUUGUAGAUUUUAUUUUUAAUUUAUCUCUGUGACCUGCCAGGGAGAGGAGAGAGCGAGAUGCUGUGAGCACAUGACAAAAUAAAAUAAAAUAAAAUGGA